AUGGAGACUAAGGACGAGUAUGGCAACAUCCACGAGGGAGCCAUGUUCAGCAAAACAAGACUUCCUAGGCACAGCGUCCCCCUCUUUGUCAGCUUUAUUAGAGCCAAAAAGGCAAAAGUCCCAGUCCAGAUGUUGUCCAAGAAGAUGAUGUUGGCCGUUAUGGCUGGCUUUAGUCUUACUGCUGCCCAAACCACCACUGAGGAGUAUCCCUCUGCUGCUGAGAUUGCUGCUGCCCAAGCCUUGGUCCAGCCGUACUCGCCAGUUUCAAACGUCAAGGGAAAAGCGUUCAGUCGAUUUGUUGAUAUAUGGUUUGAAAACAUCGACUAUGCAACUACUGCUCUGGAUCCUAACUUCUCUGCAUUGGCUAAGGAGGGAAUACUCUUGAGUAACUAUUGGACUGUUACUCACCCAUCGGAGCCCAACUACUGUGCAUCUGCCGCCGGUGAUACAUUUGGAAUGGACAAUGAUGACUGGCAUCAAAUCCCUGCUAAUGUAUCUACCAUUGCCGAUCUCUUUGAUGAUAAGGGUGUCUCCUGGGGAGAAUACCAGGAGGCCCUUCCAUAUGCCGGCUACCAGGGCUUCAAGUACCCAGAGACUGGAGCCAAUGAUUACGUGCGGAAGCACAAUCCUCUCAUUUUGUUUGACUCUGUCACAAAUGACGCUACUCGUCUUCGGCAAAUCAAGAAUUUCACCAGUUUCUAUGACGAUCUGGAGAGCAAAAAAUUGCCACAAUACUCAUUUAUAACUCCUAACAUGACCAACGAUGCCCAUGACACGAAUGUCACAUUUGCUGGCACCUGGGUGGCUGGUUUUCUUUCUGAUCUUCUAAAAAAUGAGUACUUUAUGGAUGAUACCCUCAUUAUGCUCACUUUUGAUGAGUCGGGCAACCAUACUCAUAUCAACAAGGUCUAUACUAUCCUGCUCGGAGGUGCCGUGCCAGAAUAUUUGAAGGGAACCACCGACGAUACCUUCUACACGCACUAUUCAGUCAUUGCGUCCCUCUCUGCCAACUUCCAUCUUCCCUCCCUUGGACGAUGGGACUGUGGUGCCAAUAUCCUAUCUCUCGUCGCUGAAAAAACUGGAUACAUUAACUACGAUGUGGACACAACCAACUUGUACUCAAAUGCGACCUACCCAGGCCCGUUGUCCGACAACAAAACCUCAACUUACACAGAUAUCUGGCCUGUUCCACUGACCAAGGGUUCUUGUUCUGCUGGAAAUGGCAUAGUCAAGGUUGUCAAGGAAACAUACAAGGGGCAAGAAGCUACCUACAACUACACUAGCCCUAUUCCUUAUGACGUUGUUUCUGGAAAUAACAUCGGCAUCAAAUACAGCCGCACGCUUCCGUGA